AUGAACACCAAAAUAAAUCAUGAAUAUGCUUCUAAUUCAUAUAAUGGAGGUAUUGUGGGAAGUGAUAGCCCAGCUGCUUUAUUAGAUAUGCUUGCAGAAGUUGCAUCUCAAACAUUACAUUCAGAAAAAAAGCGUAGUAAAUCAUUAUUAGCUUCACAAUGCAAGUCAAAAACAGAUUAUGUAAAAAGAAAGACUCAUGAAUCAUCUUUUAAUGUGCCACAGCUUUUAUCUAUGCCUGCAUCACAAUUAGUUAAACAAUUUUCUAUUUUUACAAGUGAUGAAUUGAAAAGGCAAUACUCUUAUACAUGUGCUCUUGUUGUUGGCUGUGGACAAAAAUAUACUAGUUUUGCAAGUGAAGGGAGGGCAAGAAUGUCUAUUAAAGCACAUUUAGCAGAACAUUUAGAAUAUUUAAAAACUAAUAAAGAUGCCUAUAAAACUUUUACUGCAAAAUCAGUAAGCUACAAAAAUUACAAAACAAGUCCUCAAAAUAAAAAAAAUAGAUUACAACAAUUAAGAAAACCACAAGAAACAUUAAAUAAAGAAAAUAAGAAUGUUAUUACAGAGAAAUCAACAAAUUAUUUAAGAAAUAUACUGUUAAGUGAUUCAACAUUUAAAGAAUUAGAUAAAAACAAAAAUGUGGAAAAAGUGGAAAAUCCUAAAAAAUUACAUAAUUCAGAACAAAAAGAUACAGACAGAAUAGAUUUCAAAGUUCUUGGUGAUCAUAGUUAUUUUGAACGGUUGAAAGAUGAAAUUCCAAAUAAAAAAGAUACAUCAUCUGUUAACAAUAUUCUUGAAAAUGCAACAGAUGAAAAUAUUGUACUUAUGGUUGUUGGCACUGACAGUGUUCAUAUGAAAGAGUAUCCUCACAUAAAUAAAGAAUUGUCAGAAAAAGUCAAUAAAAAAUCUGAAGCCAUUUAUUUUCCAGAAAUAUCAUGGUCAACUGAAAGUGGAGAUAAAAAUAUAGAAAUUGCAACAACUAAACCAAAAGGAAAAGCAAAAUUUAUAGGCACUAGUAAAGAAGAAAGAGAAAUGGCAUUAGCUUUUAUGGAUCGUAUAAAAAAAAAAGGAAAUCCGACAGGAAACAACCUUGAAUGUCGAAUUUGUAAUCCACCACGAAGUUUUACAGCACCUACAACGUUGGUGUCUCACUAUAGGAGUCAUGCCGGAAUAAAACCAUACGAAUGUCGUAUAUGCAGAGCAGUUUUUACAAGAAGACACAGUUUAAAAUACCAUAUGUUAAUCCAUCAAAAUCAAACGCGAUUUACAUGUGCUGAUUGUGGGAAAAAAUUUAGACAUCCAUCACAUUUUAGAGAACAUCGACGUAGGCAUACUGGAGAAGCACCAUUUGGAUGUGAUGAUUGUGGACAAAGGUUUAAAACAAGGAAUACAUAUAAACGUCAUUUAAAAACAAGACAUGGAAAGGUUUUAACAACUACUGGAGAAUUGUUAUAUCUUUCUGAAGAAGAUUUUCAGAAAGUUCGAACUAAUAGAAAAAAAAAAAAUGAUGUAAAUAAAGAUCAUAUGAUAGAUGAGAAUGUAAUUGCAGCAAAAACGAUUAUGCAUUAUCAAAAUGACAAUGACGAAAUGCAGAAUACUGCAACUGGGGAAUAUAUUAUAAACAAUGAUACUACUGAUAGUGAUAAACAUUGGGAAUCAAAUGAUACAAUACAAAUUAUUAAGAAUUGUUUUGAAACUUAUGAGGUUUGUUCAGAAUCUCAUUUAAAUAAGACUGAUCCUGUAGAGACUGAAAUACCUAUAGUUAAUAACGUUUGUAAUCAAGACAAAAACAGUUUGCCAGAUGAAUAUGCAGACAAAGUACAAGACAAAUCACCCCAAUUGCAAAAUACUUCUUAUAAUAAGUUAGAAGUAGUUCACGAUGAAAAUAAUCGAAUCAUAUGUCACGAUAAUGCUGGUCAAUCUGAAAUAAUUUAUCACAAUAUAAAUGAAACACCAUCAUAUAUUAAAGUAGAAUAUAGUAAUCUAGUUAAUGACAUAGAAAAUGGGAAUAAUUUAGAAUUUCAAGAAAAUUUUAAACUUUUGGAACAUCAAAUUAAAAAUCACAUACAAAUAAUUAACAAUACUGAAGAUUAUUUUAAUGAUGCGUCAAAUAAUUCUAUGAAUAAACAACAAAUUAAGUAUGUACACAAUGCAAAAGAAUCACAAACAAAGUUAAUGCAAGUAAAUACCCAUAUUAAAAUAGAGAAUGAAAAUAAUAAUAAACAUAUAAUUUUUACCCAAGAGGAAACAAAAUAUGAAAAACAAAACAAUGAUAUUACUAUUCUAGAUUGCAAUUCUUAUGAAGAAAUGGAAACUCAUGAGAUUGCUGUAUCAGAAGACUUAAUAGAUUCAAAUACUUCAGAAGUUAAUCAAGCUACUAAUAAAACAUUGUCAACUAUUACAGAUACCUUAUUGAAUCAAAAUGAAAAUUGUACAUUGCAAGAAGAUAAAAAAUUAGGUAAUUAUCAAACAAUUAUAACAAAUUUAAUAAAGAAUCAAGUCAUUUCAUCUUCAAAUUAUAUUUUUCAAAAAGAUAAAAAACCACUAAAUCAAACUGAACAACGUUUGUAUAUUCGUAAUGAACCUUUGUCUAACAUAAUAGUACAAAAUAAAUACAUCAAUAUACUCCCACAGCAUUUUAGUGAUCAACCCAAUAAAUCAAAAAUACAAUUAAAUAAAGGUCAAAAAUUUACGUUCUUGAAUAAACACAUGCAAGCUAUUAAUAUAAAGCAAAAUGGAAAUCAAAAUACAAUAUUAUUAUUAACUAAUAAUGCAUUACAAAAUAAUGUUUUUAAAGCUGAUCAAAACAAUACUGCCGAUAACGAA